GGGUUUGCUGGCUGUGGUUUCGGUUUCAGUUUCGGUUUCGGUUUCGGUUUCGUUUUCUAGCCUCUGUGUAUUCCCCCAUUGACAAUGUCGCGACUGUCAAGUUCCACAUAUAGUUCCAUAUGUUUUCUGGUAUUUCUGCAUUUCGUGCUGUUGCUGCUGCUGACGACGACGACGACGUCCGGAAAGCCAGCCAACGGCAGUCAGACCACCAGCAAGACCACUACCACGCCCACACCCACUCCCAGCAAUGGCAUGUUGCACGUGUCCAGCUACGUGAACCAGAAACGACCAGCCGGACCGCGGGAGGAGUUCGACUUUGAGCAGAACGAAGCAGAGGCCACGAAUUCCGCUCAUGUGCGGCAGCUGUUCGGCAGUCUCCUGCUGCUUCCCGGCACCGGCAACAAGAGCCUGGAGGUGACCCUGGAAACGGACGAUGAGCCGGUCAGUGAGCGUAAUACUCUGGAUGAACUGGACCCGGAGACGGCCAGUGAGCAGCACGAGGGUGCCACAGAGUCGGCCGAUACCUGGAGUCGCAUUAAGCUGGCCAUUCCCGUCCUGGAGCCGGUCAAGCAUCUGAUAAAUGCCGUUGGCGGUGGCGGCGUCAACGAUACGCAUGUGCGCACCAACUCCCACCGCCUGAUCGGGCAUCAUGGCGUGCACCAUGCGCCUCACAGCGGCGGCAACAUUAGCUCCCCGGCCAUCGAGACGGAGGAGGAUCGUGAGACUGCCAUCGAGAGCACAGGGUUCGAUGUCCUCGAGACUCUUGGCUCGGCGGGAACCGUAUUGUGGGGGAUCUUACAGAAUCUGAGGAAACUCUUUGCGGCCAGUGCUGGAAACGCCAGCGCCUCCUCCUCAGGUGGUGGCGGUAAUUAGAUGCGUAGAGCGGGGCUGGGCUUUUGGUCUGUGAUUAAUAUUAGCGAUAAAUUAAUUGAGUUUCAAUUAUAUUUGAUACGUACUAAUGCAAUAAACGAAUAAUAAUAAA